AUGGACAAGCACAGCGUUGGCCUACCAGAUGUUGGAGCACCUAAAGAAGUGCCCACAAACGGCAACAGUGAUGGUGUCGGUUUCGGUGCUGGUGCGGUUCAUGGGACACCCAGCCACUCACCGACGCUAACCCACUCGCCUGGCACGCAUCCGAUGGGCCCCCAGCCCGUAACUUCUGAACGCGCGCUGCCUUCGGGGCAGCACGGAUACGUGCAAGGGCAGCCCGCGCACCCGGUGCCAGGACAGCCAGUGUAUGCUGCCCAGCAGUCAGUGUACCCCGCCCAACAGCCAAUGUCCCCCACCCAACAGCCAAUGUCCGCCGCUCAACCACAAAUGUACGCCGGUCAACCACAAAUGUACGCCGGUCAACCACAAAUGUACGCCGGUCAACCACAAAUGUACGCCGCGCACCUCUCGCCGCAACCCACAGCGCUCAAUGGAGGCCAGGUCAUCGGCCACCCGGGGAUGCAGCAGGGGAUGCAGGUCAGCGCUCUCAUAUGUCCCAUGACGGGUCAGAAGCACGUCGAAAAGUCACGUCCAGGCCCGUUGGGUAUUGUCAUCGGCCUCUUGUUUUUCCCUGUUGGGUUUAUUGCCGUCAUCUUCGACCAGAAGGUUACGUGCAAACACUGCAAGUAUGUUAUCAAGGAGGCGUGGGGCGGAUGUUAG